GGGGUUCUAGAAUUUAUCCCCCAUUAUUUCCUACCAAUGAUUGUUGUGCCGUCAUGGGUCUACAUCUUCGUUUUUUAUUUCUGAUUUUCAUUUUAUUCGUGGUUCAGAUAACUAUUUUAUUGUGAGUUAAUUAAUUAGUUCAUUUACUGCCUUCUCAGAGGAAGGCUUUAGCCAUUGAGAGUUGAGACGCGUCUUGCAGAAGCCAUGUCAUUGGCGAUGAGUUUCCGAGUUUCACCGUUUUCUGGAACUAACAGAGUGUUCAGGCAUCGGUGCCGACUUAAAGCUCCUCGAAGCUUGGCUAAUGGAAGCUCUACUGUAUUGUCGUCAGAUUCAGUCGCCGUUAGCCGAACCUCUCCGCCUGUCGAUAGAAAGAUAAAUGAUUCCGUCAUUGAAGAAGGGAAUGGGCAGUUACCGGUUACUAAAGAUGAAGAUAAGAUAAGGAGUGCCGUUUUGACAGAGUUAGCACCACUUUGGGACGAUGGUUAUGGGACUCAGACUGUGGAAGAUUACUUCAUUGCAGCCAAGGAAAUGAAUAAGUCUGGUGAUGGAGGGCCCCCCCGUUGGUUUUGCCCAGUUGAGUGUUCUCCUACUUUGAAAGACUCUCCAACUCUUCUUUUCCUACCUGGGCUAGAUGGUACUGGAAUGGGCCUGAUUUUGCACCAUAAAGCUCUUGGGAAGGCUUUUGAAGUUCGCUGCUUGCAUAUUCCUGUUCAUGAUCGAACUUCAUUUGAAGGAUUGGUGAAAAUUGUUGAAGAAACUGUAAAACUUGAGCAUGCUCUAUUUCCAAAUAAACCAAUUUACUUGGUGGGGGAUUCUUUUGGGGGAUGUUUAGCACUUGCCGUUGCUUCUCGUAAUCCAACAGUUGACCUAGUACUGAUAUUGGCUAAUCCAGCUACAUCAUUUGGCAGAUCUCGAUUGCAGCCUUUGUUUCCAAUCUUGGAGGCUUGGCCUAAUGGACUGCAUGCCGCUGUUCCAUUUCUUCUUAGUUUUGUUAUGGGUGAUCCAACAAAAAUGGCAGCUGUCAACAUUGAAAAUAGGCUUCCUCCUAUGAAAAAAAUUGAACAAUUGUCUUACAACCUUACUGCAUUGCUGCCAUGUCUUCCUGAGUUGGCCGAUAUUAUACCAAAGGAUACCCUUCUUUGGAAGCUGAAGCUUCUUAAAUCUGCUGCUGCAUAUGCUAAUUCACGUCUUCAUGCUGUGAAAGCUGAAGUGCUCGUGUUAGCUAGUGGCAAUGAUAAAAUGCUUCCCAGUGAAGAUGAAGCUAGAAGACUAAAGAGCUCAUUGCAACACUGCAAAGUACGUCACUUUAAGGACAGCGGACAUACCCUUCUUUUGGAAGCUGGCAUUGGUUUGUUGACAAUAAUCAGGGGGACUUGCAUGUACCGCCGUUCAAGGAGACGUGAUUUGGUCAUGAAUUUUAUUCCUCCCAGUGCGACAGAAUUCAAUUAUGCGAGGGAUCAAGUAGUUGGGUCAUUUCGUAUUGCUACUGGUUCUGUGAUGUUCUCAACUUUGGACGAUGGUAAGAUUGUGGAAGGUCUCGCUGGUGUUCCAGAUGAAGGUCCUGUCCUAUUGGUUGGUUAUCACAUGCUCAUGGGAUUAGAGCUUAUUCCCCUUGUUGAUGAAUUUUUAAGGCAGAAGGGUAUCAUGCUUCGUGGUAUGGCCCAUCCUGUGCUGUUUAUGGAAAACAAGGAUAAUUCUUCUGCUGAGUUUUCUAUGUCUGAUUGGGUAAAGAUAUUCGGUGGCGUACCUGUUUCAGCAACCUAUCUUUAUAAAUUGCUUUCAGAAAAAUCACACGUUCUCCUAUAUCCUGGUGGAGCACGUGAGGCUCUCCAUUUCAAGGGAGAGGCAUACAAGUUAAUAUGGCCUCAAAAUCAGGAAUUUGUGAGAAUGGCAGCACGGUUCGGAGCCACGAUUGUGCCAUUUGGAGUUGUGGGUGAAGAUGAUAUAGCUGAAUUGGUACUUGACUACAAUGAUCUAAUUAAGAUCCCCAUCAUUAACGAUCACAUCAGAAAUUCUAAUCGUGAUGCUAUUAAGAUAAGGGAUGAGACGAGUGGGGAGGUAGCAAACCAAAGCCUCUUCAUUCCAGGGCUACUACCCAAGAUACCCGGUCGGUUUUACUAUCUAUUCGGGAAGCCCGUGAGAACGAAAGGCAGGGAGAAGAUGCUAGAAGAGAAAGACAAUGCCAACCAACUGUACCUGCAAAUUAAAUCUCAAGUUCAGCACAAUAUAAAUUACUUGAUCAAGAAGCGUGAGGAGGAUCCCUAUAGGAAUAUUGUUGAUAGAAUAAUGCAUCGUGCAAUUUAUUCUUCCGAUACUCCAGCAUUCGAGCCCUGAAAAGUGUUCAAUAAUAGCCUUGCACAUAUUUGUAAUCCAACAGCAAAUGAUAGCCGGUGCCAGUGGAUUACAAAGGAAUGUUAAGAAACCAAGAGUUGGUGGUGGAGAUGGAGCUCUUAGCAUGCUGGCAAAAUAGACAUGUGUUACCGGUCCAUUUAAUAUUUAGUCAAGUAAUUUAAUUUCUAUCUGGCGAACAUUGAGUUGGAGAAAUAAAAUAUAUUAUUGCGAGAUACCUUGAGCAGGGAGAAGGGGCAGAUUUGUAGUGAGAGUCUGUGAUGAUAUAGUUAUGAUUCUUGGGAGUACUGAAUCGUGACUAUUUAUAAUAAUGUAUCAUAAAACAUAUUAUUGCGAUUAUAUAUUACUGAAUCAUGACUAUUUAUUACAUUUUUGUAAUUGUAAUAAUGUUCAGUUCA